AUGGACAAUCGAGCGUCGCCAACCCCGCCCACCGCUCGCCCCAGGAAUUCCGCCUCGUCCAUCGCAUCCUCGUCCAACACAACGUCACAUGCCGCGCCUGCCUCGCAACAGUCUGCCGGCAUGCCUUCAAAUUCACGGGCCGGGCGCGGGAGCACGCCGACGGCCAGCCGGUCUGCCUCCAAACUCAUCGACCAGGACAAGCCGACGCGGGCAGCAAGCAAAGACAGCCUCAAGCAGAAGAUGCUGACCAAGAAGGACGAGCCGCCACAGCUGGGCCGCGCAGAUGAACAGCUCAAGGCGCUCAAGUCGGAGUUUGACAGCCUUCGCACGCAUCUCACAUGCAAGAUCUGUGACCGCUUACUCUACCAACCGUACACCAUAUCCUGCGGGCACACCUACUGCUAUACAUGUCUCUGCACGUGGUUCGUCGCCAACAAGGCCCGCAAGACAUGCCCCGACUGCCGCAUCGUCGUAAAGGACCUGCCCGCCCCCGCCUAUGUGAUACGAGACAUGACGAGCGUCUUCAUCGCGCGAGCCGAACUACUACCUACGGGCGAGAGCAUAGAAGACCACAAGAAGUGGCAGAAAGACGAGGCAGAUGCUGUGCAGCUGGACAAGGAUAACGCAGACCCCCGCGCUGGCGGUCUCUUCAAAGGCUGCUUCAGGCUUCCGCCUCACCAAAACCGCCUGUCACUGCAAAUCGUGCGCGAUCAAGAAGAUGGAGUUGACCGAUGUCCGCUGUGUACCUGGGAGCUGGAAGACGGCGGAUGCACCCAUUGCGGACUGAUAUUCGACGAGACAGGCGAAGUCUCAUGGGGCAACAGCUUCACCGGCUUCAGUGACAUGGACGAGAUGUCAGAGCACGACCAAGACGACCUCGACGCCGAAAUGGACAUGGAGGACCCCGACUACGACGGCUACGGAGACGGCAUGGAAGACUGGGGCGCAUACCCCCCAGACCAAGGCUCGUUCAUGAUGCGACGCUUCUUGGACGCUGGCAUGGCACCCAAUGCAGCGGCAUUCGCAAGACGACGACCGAUCACGCACAGCGAAGCCGGCAGCCGACGCUCCUACUCACAGAGCAUAGUCUCAGACAUGUACGGCGACGAGAUGGAUACGGUCGAGGAGGAAGACGAAGAUGGUCUGGACGAGGACUCUUCGAUGAACGACUUUAUCGAUGACGAGGCCGUACCUGCAUCGAGUGCACCCAGCGCCGCAUCGUCUACUCCUGGCCCCGCUGCCCAGCCUUCGGGCAACAGAGCGCGUGCCCGAGCACGUCGCAUCGUCGAAUCUGAGUCAUCAUCAAACCGCUCAAGCACCGUCGAGGAGGAAGACGAAGAUGAGGAAGACGAGGGGCCCGUUCGUAGAGGCAUGAGGAGUCCUGCUCAAACCCGUGUUUUACAUCGGGCAAACGGGUCGAGAUCCUCCCGUGAGACAGCGUCAACAACAUCCACCGACGUCUCCACUGAGGAGCUCGACGAAGAUACACAAGCACUGUUGCGAGAGGAGGGAUGGGAGCUACAACGCGACUACGACGACGAGAUGGGAGAAGAGGAUGAAGAUGACAGUGAUGGAGGAAGGACGACCGUUGGAUCGUCCUCGGCCUAG